AUGGAGAUGAACAACGAUGAGGCGACUCUUCGCCAACUCGAAGAUGAGCUCCACGUCAAGAUCUACCCUGGUACGGAGAUCAUGACCGAUGUAGGCUCGCAUCAUUUCGUGAGACAAUCCGGCGCAUCGUCGAAUGUCUUGGUUCCUCAACCAUCCCAGGACCGAAACGAUCCUCUCAAUUGGAACAGAUAUUGGAAGUUCAUCACUAUCUUUAUCGCGAUGGCAAGCAAUGUCAUCAUGGGUAUUGGACCCUUGGCGCUGGCGCCAAUGUUCGGGGAUUUGAUCGAAGCAUUCAACUCUGAUCUGGCUGCCGUUGUGCAAUUUACCGGAGUGUGCAUUCUAGUUCUCGGAUUCAGUAACUUCUUUUGGGUUCCCAUCUCCGACACAUUUGGAAGAAGACCCGUUUUGAUCUUCUCUUCUCUGGUGUGCUUGGCGUCUAACAUUUGGCGGGCCAAGGCAACUACCUAUGGAAGCUUCAUGGGUGCUUGCGUCUUGAAUGGAUUUGGCGCUGGACCAUGCGAGACUCUCUGCCCCCAAGUCAUUACCGAUAUCUUCUUCCUUCAUGAGCGAGGUUAUUAUAACACCAUGUACUUUGCUCUCUACUUCGGCUCCCUGAUGGUCGGUCCCAUUAUCGCCGGCUCGAUGGCUCUCCACGUUGGCUGGCGCAGCUUCUGGUGGCUCAACGUGGCUGCUUUCGUUUUCAUCAUUCUUGCCGCAGCGUUCGCCUUCCCAGAGACAAAGUGGCAUCGCACUCAUCCAAACGAGAUCCACAAUACUGAGACUUCAGUUACUUCCACCGGGGACUCUGCGGAUGGAAAGGAAAAGGAAGAAUCACCAGAGGACUCCUCCAAGAACCUGCAGACGCACCUGGAGGUCCAGAACCCACCAGUCGAGGACACGUCGAUGGAUCCAUUCCUCCACAAGGGCCAACCCUCGAAAGGCCAGUUCAACAUUUACCAGCCCGAUCCUCACUGGGUCAAGACUUUGCUUCUCGCAUUCUGGGUGCCUUGGCGUUUGCUCGCGUUCCCAAUCGUUGAGUAUGCUGCGUUUGUGGUGUCAUGGUCUGCCAGCUGUUUCCUCACCGCCAAUCUUACCCAGAGUCAAGCCUUCGGUGCUCCGCCAUAUAACUGGUCCAGUCAGUCUAUCGGCUUUACCAACUUUGCCAGUCUUGCUGGUGCGAUGAUUGGACUUCUUACCAAUGGUCCCCUCUCUGACUGGAUCUCUAUGCGAGCAACUAAGAAGAACAGAGGUAUCAGAGAGCCGGAGAUGCGUUUGCCGACGCUUAUCCCCUACGUUAUAAUUUCAAUUAUCGGAAAUUUCAUCAUCGCAUUUGGAUACGAGUAUCACUGGGAUUGGCGGGCAAUUGUGAUUGUCGGUUAUACCUGCGCCGGUAUUCAGGUGACAGCCCUGCCCGCUAUUGCGAGUACCUACGCCGUCGAUAGUUAUAAGCCCGUCGUCGGCUCAGUGUUUAUUGCCAUCACCGUGAACAAGAACGUAUGGGGCUACGGUUUCAGUAAAUUCAUCACGACAUGGACUGAGGAGUCUGGCUACAUCCCGGCUAUUAUGAUGAAUAUGUGUUUGACAGUGCUGUGGUGCUCUUUCGGUUUCCUCUUCUACUUCUACGGGAAGACUUGCCGGAAGUGGACUGCUGGUUCGAGUAUUUGGAAGCUUUAG